AUGCCGGCUAACGGUGUCGCUGGCGGCAUCCUGCUGGCUUGGUCUCCACCUCUUACGGGGGUUGUUGUGCAUGUUGGUAGAUACUCUAUCUCGGCUUCUCUCGAUGGCCUUUGGCCCAAUGGCCCGGUCUUGGUUACCGCGAUCUAUGGUCCUUGCGUUGGGGCUUUGCGUGACCAGCUGUGGGCUGAAUUGCAUCAUGUUCGUCAGCUUGCUACCUCGCAUUGGCUAUUGGCAGGAGACUUCAAUUGUUUGCUUAGCCCUGCUGACUUGUCCUCCCCUAUCGCUUCGGGUCCAUCUAUGUCUACUUUUCGAUCGUUUGUUGAUGAGUUCGGUCUGUUUGACAUGUCUCUGGAUAAUGGUAAGUUUACUUGGUCCAGCAAUAGGAACCCUCCUAUUCUUCGUAGGCUGGACCGUGUCUUUCUCUCGCAUGAGUUGUUCUCUGCUUUUUCGUCGUCCUCCUUGGUUCUUGGACCGAGGCACUUGUCUGAUCAUGCUCCGUUGCUCAUUUCCCUUCUUCGGGGUAGGGCUGGUACCGGGCGCAUCAGGUUCUGUUUUGAGCUUUGGUGGCUCCGAGAUGAUUCUUUUGUGGCUGCCAUCCCUAAUUGGUGGGCUCGCACCGUCAAUGGUAGGUGGGCCGCUUUCAGGCUCUCGCGGAAGUUGCACUCCAUCAGGAAAAAGGUCUUCGCUUGGAAGCGUAUUUUUUGGAGCGGCAAAUUUUCUGAGGUGUCCAUUUGGGAUGAGGAGAUCCUGUCCCUCCAGUCUUCUGACAAUAUUUCUGCGGACCAACCUUCUCGUCUUCUUUGUCUUCAGUGUCUUGCCCAGGAGUGGCGGAUUAGGGAGUCCAUCCACUGGCAGCAGCGUUCUAGGCUAGGUUGGCUUGCGUACGGAGACCAGAAUUCUAGAUUCUUCCACUUGGCUGCCUCUCAAAGGUGCCGUCAAACGUUGCUCCAGUCCAUGGUUAUCGGGCACGGAGUUUUUCUUGGUGAUGACAUUCUCCCGGCUUGGAUUGCUCAUUUUCGGGAUUUUUACUUUAAGCCACUUCGCUUCUGUGUCCCCCUGCCGGAUUUUCACCUCUCCUCCCUCUCUGACUCAUGUGCGAUCUCUCUGGAGCGGCCCUUCCUGCACCAAGAGAUCAAGAACGUUGUUUGGGCCCUUGGCUCUAGUAAGACGUCUGACAUCGAUGGUUUCCCUAUAGAAUUUUAUCGUACCUUUUGGGAUGCUUGUAGCGCUGAUGUGUAUGCUUUUUGUGAUGAGUUUGCCUCCAGUUCCAUUUUUCUUAAGGAGUUUAAUCAGGCUACCUGCGUCUUAGUGACUAAGCGCCCUAACCCUACGAAUGUCACACAUUUUCGCUCGAUCUCCAUCUUAGGCACGCCUUACAAGAUUAUUGCUAAACUGCUCUCUUUGCAGCUUGCGUCGGUCAUGCAUUCUAUUAUUAACCCCUUGCAGGUUGCUUUCAUUAACGGUCGGCGUUUGCAGGACGCUGUUGUCCUGGCCAAUGAGGUUGUUCACUCUCUUUACUAUCUGUGGCUUCCUUCCUUCAUCCUUAAAUUGGACAUAUCUGGCCUUUGA